GUGCCGAUCGCCGCCAAUCGCCGUUACUGCGGCUCGGGAGCCAGCGGCGGCCCUCAGUGCACGUCCGCCAUCACUGUAAGUUGUGCUGUGCGUGCUGAUGUGGGCCGACGUGCUCUCCGAACUGAGACCGAAUAGGGCCUCAUGCAGAAGACUUUUUUCGACAUAAAACAUAGGUUAUUGAGCGCAUUGGACGAUGAAUACAAUGUAAGACAAUAUUAUUUUUACAAACUCCCUUAUUAUUAUUUUAUAUUAUUUUUUUUUUCAUAAAAAAAAACGAUUUAUAUAUAAUGCAUAUUAUUAUCAUAUAUUGUUAUAAGUAUGGCGAUUAUUAAUAUUAUUUUAGUGGUUUACGUGGUGGUGUUUCUCGUAUUUUAUUUUCGUUGUAUUAUUUAUUAUUAUUAUUCCGAAGAGAAAACGACGUGUUGGCGGCGCGGCCUGGUUUUCGUUCGUUUCCGUUUUUAUUUUACUAUAAUAUGCAAUAAUGAAAUACUUGACGACUAUCGGCCGUCGUUGCUCGGCCCCAGACUGCUGUUGUCCAUGUGUACGUGUGUACGUGUGCUACGGAAUGGUUUUCUACUGCUGCCGCUGCUGCUGCCUGCCGCCGCCGCCGUGGUCGCCGACGGACGCCCGUGUGGCGCGCGGAACGUCCGCGCCAGAUUACGUGCGUGUGUGCGUUACUCUGAUGGUGCGCGGGCGCCCGCGCGCGGUAUUCACACAAUGGCCGAAAAUAGGUUCACGCAACGUCGUCGGCGGCGGGCGUACCGUACGGCGUACACUGAUGACAUUAAAUACGGACGGGCAUCGCUAUACACGCAGCACUGCGCAUGCGUAACGUUCCUUUCUCGUUUGCGCGUUCUCUUUUCCGCUUCGUCCCGGUCUUUAUUUAUUUUUCUCUGUGUGUUCGUACUCCUCUUUCCCUUUUAGUCUAUUACACUAGGUAGGUAUAUCUGGCGGCGUAUCCUGUAUUCCAUUAUGUUCGCGUUGUCCCGUUUCGCCUGACAAUGUUUUCUUCGUUUCGCACCGUCCAGCUAGCUAGCUAAUUUUUUCAGUCGCCGCCACCACCACCACCGGGCACCGACGACGCUGCCGAAUUUUAUGUCAUGCAAAACCCUUUACAGAAUAUUCACCGUCCUAUACAUACAAUAAUAUUUGAGCUGUUGUUUUCGUCCCCCCCCCUCAAUGUACAAUAUGCUAUUUUUCCGUACGCACAACACGAAUGUGUCCGUCUGUUGCGGGCUGGGUGUUUGAUCAAUGCGUGUGUCCGUUCUUCGUGUCGUAGUUGUUGAUGUCCGACCGCACGCCCCGCGGUCGUCGUCAAGGGCUAUGGGGAAUAUACUCGAGAAACACUGGAUUAAUAAGACUACAAUGACUUUUUUUUCUAUUAACUUGCGAUUUUUUUUUUUAAAAAAAAUAACUUAAAUUGCAUAUGUACCAAACGUGUGCAUGCCGAAUUUCUUUGUGGGUUGUUUUGUGUGUUGCUAUAGCUCUCCUUUAAAUUGUCAUUUUCGUUAACUUUUGACUAAAUCGUGUUAAUGUGUUUUUUACUUUCGGUUAUUGCCCUGUUAAAUUAUUGAUAUUUUACAUUCUUCUUAUAAUGGUAUUAGUUAUAACCAUUAAAACAACAAUAAAUAAUUUAUUUUUAUUUUUUUCAAUUUCAUUGGUAUUAUUAUUUCUCUAGUUUGUACCUAUGACAAUUUUUAAGUUUUUAUCAUAUUUUGUCACGGUAAAAAUUUCUGUCUAAAUAUUACUAAAUUUUUAUUUUAUCGGUCUUGUGACAAUUCAGUAUUUUUUUUGUUCAGAUCUCUAAUAAAAUAUUUAUAUUAUAAUUUAAUAAUUUUAGCACUGAUAAUCUAAACAAUUAAUACCUACCUACUUUAUUUUGAUUUUAUUAUAUUAAUAGAGACUUUUUUUGUAUUACAUAAUAAUUUGUUUAGGUUUAGGACACUGGGUGAAGGGAACUAAAUAAUUUAAAAAAAUUGUAUAAGAUAUUCGUUUUCCUGAAAAUCUUACUAAUUAUAUCAAUACUGAUUUAAUUUUGAUUGUUAUUAAUAAACAUUUCGAUUCUGUUUAGUUAUUACUUAUUGAUUUAUUUUAAUAUGUGAAGUCUGCAUAUUAAGCUAUCUGGUGUGAUACAAAAUAAUUCGUAGAUACUUCAAUUAAGAUUUGUAUAGAAACCUGGAAAUUUAUCAUACUUUAAAAUUAUGCUUUUUAAUGAUAAUAUUAAACCUAUUAAUUGUUUAUUAAAUGACUCAACUAGGUUAGAUUAAUAGUUUGAUUAAGACUAAAAUAAUAUUUGAUGUAGUUUAUUAUUGGUAUUUUAAUAUGUUGUGUAGGUAUCUAUUUGAUUUUUUUUUUUCACAAUUUUCAGUUGCAUAAAACAAUUUCCCAAUUAAAGUUUGACUAAACUUGAAUUAAUUGUAAAAAUUGAUUCUUUAUUUUAAUUAAUAUUAUAUUUUUAAUGACAUUUAUUUUUAUGCAGAAAAUAUUUUUUUUUUAAAUUGUAAUUAAUAUUUUUAAAUAAUUUAUACAAAAACAUAAUAUUGUGAAUAAAAAAAUUAUUUUAUUUUCCCUUUACCUCAUGUAAAAUGUUUAUAUUUUGAAUAUGUACAAAUUAUAUUAUUUUAUACAAAUGUACUAAAACAUUAUUUUUGAUUUUUUAACAUUUGAGUAUGAUUUUAAAAAUGAAGGGUAAAUAAACAAUCAUAAAGAUGAUUUAAUUUCAAAUAAGAUACAAUAUUUUACAUACUUUGUAAAAUUAAAAUUACCUAAAACUAUUAGAUUUCUAAAUGGGUACAUGGAAAUAUAUAAUAGGUUGGAUGUAAUUUUGUACUAGAUAAUAUUAUACAACUUUAAAAUAAGUUAUAUAUCUUGUACUAUUUAAUGUUUAUGUAUGAUUAUUUAUUUAUUUAUUGAAUUAAUGCCUGCAAAAACAAAUAAAUAAAUAUUACAUAUAGAUUUAUUAUACCUGUAUAAUCAAAAAUCCAAUAUUAAAACAUUUAAUUAAAAUUAUUUUCUGAUGGUUCUUCAUCGAAACCAGCAUAAUAAUUUGAUAUUUUAUAAUUAAUACCUAUCAUUACUUUAAGCUUUAUGUUUAUUAUUUCAAAUUCUAUACUAUUUUAGUUUAUUUUAUAUGCUAAUUUUUAGUAAAAAAAUCUCUCAGAUUAUUCAACUUACAAUAUCUAUUAUGUAUUUGUAUAUAUAUAUAUAUAUAUAUGAGAGGUGUAAUCAAACAGUUCAGGGACUGAUUGAGCUGUGUACCACGGUACAGGUUAGGUUAGCUAGUGGCUAUAGUGUUAGGUAUCAUAGGCUUCUGUGACUUCUCCUAAGUACAUAUUUUUUUAUGGACUCUAGUUUUGAAAACCUUUAGUUUUUAUAUUUUUGUAAAAUAAAUUAUUUAUGUGUUUAUUAUUUUGUUAUGAAUCUAAAAGCAAAGCUUUUUGAAGGAUUUGUAAGUUUUUCUUCUGUUUUAAUGAAGGGAUCUUGUUACAAAGCCAGAUAUGUUAAGGAAAAGUCAUAAGCCAAUAAUAUUAAUCCUACUACUUUUAGAUGUCUGUUGGCACGCAUUUAAACAGCCCCGGAAUUUUUUAAUAACGCCUUGUAUACAUAUUAUAUUUAUAUGCCAUCAAUCUUUUCCCGCUACAUGUUUACUCUUUUACUGAUCUCGCUUAACAAAAUGAACUCUGGAAUUAAAAGUGGUUUUAUAGACUGAUUGAAGUGAUAAAGCUUAUAUUUAAUUUCACCAUGUUGCGGAGGGAUUGGGUGUUAUUUUAGCUUUAAACACCUAUACAUCCCUAUAAUUAAAGCCAGUAUGAUGGAAUUGUGUUUUUUAACAGCAUUAAUAUUGAAGAACUUUUAACCCCUACCCUACCAUUUAUAUACACAAAUUCAUAAUUUUUUACUAUUAUAUUUAACUGUUAAUUGUUUCACAAAAAAAAAAAAUAGGGAGUAAUUGCCUAGUGAUGGAGCUUUGCAUAUCAUGAAUUAUUAUUUUUUUUUUUUUUAUAAUAUACAUAGGUAAUACAUAUGUACAUUUAAUUUUAAUUUGUUGAACACACAUUAUAAAUACUUAUUAAAUAUGAUUUCUAUAAAUAAAAUAAAGUUUUAAAAAUCUAUAAUAUAGUAAUAAAUAUAUUGUCAUUAUUAAAAAUUUUAAAAAAAAGAAAUGCAAUUAAAAUUUGUUAAAAAGUGUACUGAAUAAAAUUACACUGUAAAAAAUGUUAAUAAUUACAUGUUAUAAAUAUAUAUUGCUUUAGGUUACCGACAUGUCUACAGUGUUUGAGGUUAUUUCAACCCUCGAACAGCUACCAGUUACCACGGAGGUGCUUGAGGUAAAUAUUAAUAUUUUAAGAAUUGAUAAAUUAGUAUUUUUUUUUCCUGAGUAUACACAUAGAACUCGUUAAUAACAUUAUUUUGUUGGUUUUACAAUUUAUUUUUAACUUCUUAAAAAUUUGAAUAUCACAUCAUCAUGAUGUCUAAAUUGUAUAUUUGUAGAGUAUGUUUUAAAAAAACUUAUUUAAUUGCCUUAUUUCAUCCUUAUAUUUUUACAAGUCUCAAAAGUGAUCAUGUAUAAUUUAGGAACCACUUAACACAUCUUUUCUCAACCUCUUCAUAUCCGUGUUCCAUUUACACAUUUUGAAAUUUUUCACGCAUCACUUGCCACGAAAAAUUGUGUUGGUCAUUAUCAUAGAACUUUUUAUUAUUGAAUCUAAAUAAUUAUAAGCAUUUAAUAUACAAAAAUACCAUUAUUAUUUACGAUCACAUGGACUAAUAACUUUUUUUUUUCACUUAUCAAUAAAUUUCUUUUAGGUUGAAAAUUGCUUCACUGGUUAAAAUCAAAAUUUAAUAAAAAAAAAUUGUUUAAAUCUGAUGGUCACUUUUGGCAUGACUGCAAUGAUAUACACAUGUUAUGCAGUAUAUAUAGAUAAUAUUGUAGCUAAUGGCAUAAUGUGAUUUAGUAUUUGAAUGUCUGUUGAAUGGAAGUUAAAAUUUCAAAUUAUAAAUUGUCCCAAUAUUAAAUAAUAAUGAUUAUCUUUAUAAUCAAUAUAGGUGUUUAAAAAUAUUAUUCAUCAUACUAUAAAGAAGAUCAAUAUUCACUUAUAGGUUUUAAAAAGCUCUAAAAAUCAACAUAUAUAUUAUAAUUUUACAAUAUAUUUUUUAAAAGUGUCAAACUAGGUUAGUAUAGUCUACCUUACUUAUUACCUACCCAAAUUUAUCUAAACAAUUGAAUUAUAUAAUGAAAAAUAGUAAUUAUAUUGAAAGAUGAUGAUCAAUCAUACAAGUUUUAAUUAGAAUAAAAGAAACAAUUACGUAUACAUUUACAUUAUAUUAAAAAAAAAAAAAGUAAUAAUGCACCUGAGCGGAAUUUGUUAAAAUGUUUUCUAAACAAAUUGUACAUAGAAUGUAAAAUUGUUCUCCUUGGUAAUCAAAUAAUUUUUGUUUUAUAUGUAACAGGCAACCCGUAUUGGUAAAAUGGUCAAUGAAUUACGCCGAAAAACUGUGGACAAACAGUUGGCCAAACGUGCAAAGGAGCUGGUACAACGAUGGCGUAACCUAAUGAUGAAUAGUGCUCAUGUCAUACAACAAACUAAGCUGCCUUCCUCGCAACCCAAUGGCAUGCUUAGCAAUUAUAAUAAUAAAAGACCUAUUUCUUCACCUGAUCAAUAUACAGCACCUCUUAAAGUAUGAAACUGAUUUUAAAAAAUGUGUGCCUAUAUGUAUGUAAUCAUUAAUAUAAUUAUUAAUUUUAUUUAGAAACCAAAAUUAAAUGGAGUACCUACACUGAGCUCAAAUACCAUAUCUCCGACGGUUCAAAAAUCACCAGAACCAAUACCUAGUCCAGUAAAUGAGCUUGAACAAGAACCUGAUCCGAUAUUAGAACCACAGGGUCCAAAAAAACGUGGGCGAAAAAAAGGAGGCAAAAAUUCCAUAAAAGUAGGGAUAACACCUGUUAACUCUGUAGAUCUGGAAAGAAUGGUAAGUGUUGGUGCCAGCAAAAUAAAAACUACCCAAGAAAUAAUUGCAUCAUUGAGAAAGGAUGAUGAAAAUUAUCAGUUUGAGGAGAAACCACAAAUUUCUGUACCUGAGUUCCAGGACGAACCUUCUGUAACAAAAGUUGAUAAACCUAGUCGACCUAAAGUUGCAAAUGUCGACAGAGAAAUACAGGAUAUAUAUAAUAGAUUACCUCCUCUUGACUUAGAAGCCAUAGACUGGAGUUCACCUCCACCAUCGCCACCACGGCCACCUCUCUCACCUACUGAUUUAGUAAAUGGAGCUCAAAUAGAAGGCGUUACUGGUAAUUGGGAAAACGAAGAAACGUUUCGAGAGUGGCACGAGGUCUUAACUAGGACAAACGAUACUGGUGAACCGCUUGUCAUACUACCAUACGUGAUAAUUGACUGACAGGGAUUUUUUCUACUAGACUUUGUGAUAAAGACAUUUCAAGUCUUAAUAUUGUAAAUAUUAAAAUUAACUUUUUAAUAAAAGUGUAAAAAUUUAAAUUUAAAAAUAAAUAUAUAAUAUUUACGUAGACAUGUAUCCGAUUACAUAAUGUGUCUUAUCAUUAAUGUUCUUAAAAUAAUUAUUUGACUCUUAAUACUGUAAAGAAUUACAAUUGUUUACCCACAUAAAAUUUAUUGAAAAAAAUUAAUCUGCAAAUUCCUAGAUCAAACUAAUAAUUAUUGUUUUAUUUGUCAAUCGAAAAAAAAUAAUUCUAAUUCAUUAAAUUGGAAGUUAAGCUAGUCAAAAGACCAAGUUUAAUUUAUAAUGUUAUUAUUUGUCUUUUCCUUUUUGUUGUUUUUUUUUUUUUUUUUUUUUUUUUUUUUUUUUUUUUUUUUUUUUUUUGACUUAGUUAUUAUUUCAUUUGCGUUUUUUCAUGUAUAUAUAUGUGUACAUUUCAUAACUGGUUAAACCUUAAAUACAAUGUCUUGUGCCUUCAUCAAUGUAAUAUUUUUUAGCAAAUCUUUUCAUAAAUAUAUGAUAUUUGUUACCAAAAUAAUAGUACAUUACAUUUUCAGUAAUUAUUAUUAUACAAAAAAAAAAAAUUAAAACUAAAACACAAACAACUUUUUUGGUCACUUAUUCAUUAUGUUUAUGUUCAUAUUUUGUUUAUUAAUCAAAGAACUUCCUAAUUUCCUUAUUGUUUUAGCUAAAUUGUUAAAUUAUUGUAAAUAUGAUUUUUUUUUUUUUCUUUUGUUAUUAUUUUUUUUUAUUUUUUUUUUUUUUUGACUUAGUUAUUAUUUCAUUUGCGUUUUUUCAUGAAUAAAAUGUUUAUUUUAUCAUAGCGCAUUUAUUUUGGGUACAUUUUCUAUGUAAUAGCUGUUAAAUAUACUAUGAAAAGAAAGUUUAAAAAUUGUUUCACAGUAUUGUAGUACUUUUUUAAGUACUUUGUUGAUAUAAUAAAUAAAAUACAAUGAUUGGUUCUUUUUUAAA